UUUUGGUCUGGAUGUAAAGUGGCGCCAGUAAAAUCCCACGACUUAGUCUAGUCUCAACUUAGUCGCCAGGGUAAUUCGCCCGCUAUAAGUGCCCAAUCUGCCCGCAUCUUUGGGCAUCUGUGUCAGUCCUUAGCCGGUGGCAGUCUACGCUCAAGUAGUAGCAUCUUCCAUCCAAGAGGUUCAUGCCGCCCCUCUUUCCAGCAUGUUCAAGCGCUUAUAAUGGAACUUCUCACUCCGUGUGGAAUUCUACUUCUUUGGACUGCUUCUGUCGCAUAUAUCGCCUAUGAACCUUUCCUACUAUUGUAGUUCCUGUCACAACUUCAUAUUGUACGACUCAUUUCUCAAUUUCUUUUUUAUCUCUAGAUGCCCCAAACCAUGUCUUUAUCUACAUCUUAUACCUGCUCAUUUUGUGGGCAAGUGUCGCACAACACUAGUGCGCUUGCUGCUUUUGCCGAUGACUUUCAUUGUAGCCAGUGUGGCUUGUCGGCAUCCGAAGGUAAUCUGCAAAUGCAAGAAGACCUCGUGACACUCUUCUCCAGGCAAAUGCGUAUGGAUAUACCGAUAUUGUCUGGAAGUCAGGAGAUGCCACCGUCCACCCAUGCAUCCGUCGCGCACAGUAUCUCCCAGCAUUAUCAUCACUCCUCGCAUGUGGCCCGCUGCACAGUUUCAGCAGGAUCACCAGAGAAUUAUGAGUCCUUGGGCCCUAAUGUGACUCCAAACUCGGCACAUGAGAUGUUGAGGCUACAGAGCAUUAACCCAUCAUCCCUGACUCCCACACAGCUACAGCUAUUUGAGAAUGCAAUGCCGGAGCAACAAUCACGCUUGGUCCAGAUCUGGAGAAUUUUCCCAGAGUCUAACGAUGCAUCUAGCAACCCAAGGAUGGAGCAGAUGAAUCAGUCGAACUCCGAGCUGUGUGCAUAUCCUUCAGGGGGGCCAGCGAUCAAUGCAGGGAUUUCAAACCAACCAACUCAUACGGAUUAUACUGAUGAUCUGGAUAUGUGUGACUCAGUGCGCGAUGAAGGUAACGAUGGCGAUGGACACCAGUAUGCCGAGCCGUAUAUGAUUUCCGGCUAUGAGGUUCUUGCACAGAAAGACUACGAGCUUUCUGCAUCUAAGAUCGCGCCUGUGGUGAAUGAGCCAACAACGGGCUCACCAUAUAAGCUGGCAAACGACCCCAUCUACAGGGCUCAGGGCCAUCGAUGGUGGGAACGCUCCCAGUCAGAUACGCCUGAAUAUCAGUACUGUCACGGCGUGGCUAUAUAAGGUGCGAUGCCGGCAGAUCAGACCGUAGGGUCUGAUCAUAGUGACCUUUUGACCCAGUGGAAAACGCGCCUGCCGGGCACACGCUUUCACAAGUAUGGCACUUUUGGGAGAUGAAUUGGUAUGAGGCUGUGGUCUUCUACAACCUAGACGGCUUGCGUAAAUUCAGGCUUCUCGGGGUUGUGAUUGGGUAGAAGGUUAAAUUCGUCCUUAUUAGAUCGCUUGCUGUUGUUUCAUAUACGGUAUUAUUCUAAGUCUUUGUAAAGGAUUCGAUUAUCCCUACGGAGUAGUGGAUGUCGACUUACUCCACGCCAGGCGGUGAGUAACGCUGUUUUUAUUAUGUGCGGGGUUUUGGUCAGGCUUAUAGUAGAAGUCGCAAAGGGCAAGGACGAAUGAUAUACAAAAAAAGUAGGGCGGGUUUGAGUAGCCGUGCUUUUACUGGAGAUCUUUGGUGAGAGAAAACCGAAUGAGCCGUAGAAGAAACGGGUGGCAAACGGAUAACAGAUAUAACUAUAGUAACUGAUUGUUGUGACGGCUCAUAUAUAGCUGCUGUCCCAUAUUAAGGGGUCCUACUCUCACUUGCCUCCGUCUCUCCUCCUUUUUCUUUUCUUUUUUUUCCCCUCCCCCCCUUUUAUAGUCUCCCUCGCCCACACAUGCACCAUCAACUAAGGGUGCUCAAGC